AGUUUGGGCCUCUUCGGCCACCGCCGCUCCAACAUGGCUGCCCCCAGGGAGAAGCGAGGCUAACGUGAAGGUGGAGAAUGCAGACCCUAAAUUCCUCAUCCGUGGAUCGCAGUGCAGAGUUCAGGAGAUGGAAGGCGCAGAGUCUGAGCAAAGCGGACCUAAGCCGGAAGGGCAGUGUGGACGAGGAUGUGGUAGAGCUUGUGCAUGUCCUGAACGCGCAAGAACAGUUUUUCACCACCAGCUCCUGCGCUGGCCGCAUCCUCCUCCUAGACGGGAGUAUAAAUGGUUUUGAGGUUCAGAAACAAAACUGUUGCUGGCUACUGGUUACACACAAACCUUGUGUAAAAGAUGAUGUGAUUGUGGCUCUGAAGAAAGCGAAUGGUGAUGCAGUUUUGAAAUUUGAACCAUUUGUUCUUCAUGUGCAGUGUCGACAGUUGCAGGAUGCACAGAUUCUGCAUUCGGUGGCAAUAGAUUCUGGUUUCAGGAACUCUGGCAUAACGGUGGGAAAGAGAGGAAAGACUAUGUUGGCUGUCCGAAGUACACAUGGCUUAGAAGUUCCAUUAAGCCAUAAGGGAAAACUGAUGGUGACAGAGGAAUAUAUUGACUUCCUGUUAAAUGUGGCAAAUCAAAAAAUGGAGGAAAACAAGAAAAGAAUUGGAAGGUUUUACAACUGUCUACAGCAUGCUUUGGAAAGAGAAGCUAUUAGUAAUUCACAUCCCAAGAUCAAAGAGAAAAAUAACCCAUCAUAUACUCGUAAGAAAAAAAGAAACACAGAAAAAGCACAUGGCAAAUCUAUCACAGAAGAAAAUAAUGAAGAACUUGAAAAUGAUGAUGAUGACAAUCCAGGAAUCAGUGUUGCCAUCUUUCCUGAAGAUUACUAAGAUUUGGUUCUGAAGUAUCUUGGUAGAAUAAUG